AUGGGUGUGAAAGGCUAUCUUCGCUGGCAUGGUCCAUUCAUGCAGAACGCGCUUGCGGCGCUCUGUCUCGGCUUGACUGCUGGCAUCUAUGUGGCUCUGUCUGGACUCGGUGCAGGAGGCGGUCAGGCAACAUCACAGCACAUGAUAGACAUCGCUCAAGCCUCGUGUGAUGCCGCCUCGCUUGUCGCUGGGCUGUUCUGUGGUGUUAUGCUCAACAAGUUUGGUCCGGCCAUCUGCGCAUCUGUCGGGGCCGUCGGGUAUGCAGUUUAUGUAGGAGGCUUCUGGUAUUUUGGCGAACACGGCACCCUCGCUUUUCCCGUCACCGGAGCGACCAUUCUCGGAAUCACAGCGGUUCUCAUCGAGUCAACAGUCAGCUAUAUCGCGAUUGCCUACUCCGAGGAGCGCGAGAAAGGCCUCUAUGUCACCAUGAUGCAAGUUAUCAAGUAUGGGUGCAGCUUGGUGGCAGCAACUAUCCCCUUGGCGAUUGACGCGAGCAAUCCCAAAGCGACCUCGGUGCCGACGGCGGUUUAUAUCACGUUCAUCAUCCUGAUGUCUUCCGCCGUGGUUCUCGGUCUCUUCAUCCUUCCAGCCGAGAAGAUCAGACGAGACGACGGCACCGGGAUCGCCGUCCUCCCGAAACUGACCUUCAAGGACGCGAUGUUGGGCGGGUUUCACACCCUGGCCGACAAAAGGCUGCUUCUGCUGUGCCCGGCGCUGAUAUGCACGGCCAUCCAUCUCGUUUACUGCGGCAUAGCCAACGCAUACCACAACAACAGCCGCGUUCGGGCGUUGAAUACCUUCUGCGCCCUGGCCGUGGCCAUCCCUUCCAACCUGGUUCUCUCCUGGCUGCUGGACAAUCGAAGGUGGAGCCGCAAGACGCGCGCCCUCGCGGGGACCACGUACGUGGGCGUCUUCCUCAUCGGCGCCUUCAUCGCCGAAGUGGUGCGGACGUGGCACUGGUCCCGCGUGGUGCCGCACACCAAAAUGGACUGGACCUCUCCCGACUUCGCCGGGCAGUUCAUCCUCUUUAUUGUCGGAUGGAACGCCGCCGGGAUGAUCCUCAAUCUGGCAACGUGGUAUCUGGGCACUUUGUCGAACGACCCGCUGAUCUGCUCCCAUUACGCCGGUCUCUCCCGUGCCCUCUUAGCGGUGGGACAAGGGUUCGUGUUUGGGAUUGACGCUGCCGGCAUCCCCUACCGCAACGAAGCGGGCGCGCUGCUGGGAAUGUUCAGUAUAUCUAUGUUAGGCAUGUACAUCUUCGCCUUUACCUGCGUCCAGGAGACUCGUUAUUUCAAAGAAGAGCAUGUCAUUGUCCCCAGGUAUGCCCAGGAGCAGCUGGGACAUAUUCAAGGCCAGGAAGCACGGGAGGGAGCCAAGCCUGGUGCUGACGGUUCGGAUGAGGUUCAUACAGAGGUUAUUGUCUCGACCACGGGGGAGAAGAAUACGGCAUAG